ACCAAAGAAAAAAUCAUGAGUGGAAAUUCUUCCGAUGACGAGAUCCCUACCCUUGUGCAGCCUGGAAACACCGCCGUAGAACAGGAUGAAGAUGUUCCACAGCUAGUCGACACCACAGCAGAUGCACCACCUUCCACUAAAGUACCCAUCACUAUAGUUACGGGGUAUUUGGGAGCGGGGAAAACCACUCUUUUGAAUUACAUCUUGACUGAACAGCACGGCAAGAAGAUUGCUGUUAUUUUAAAUGAGUUCGGUAAUUCAAUCGAUAUCGAGAAACAACUCACCAUCUCCGAUCAAGACACCACAGAGGCAAAACCAGCACCUUUCGUCCCCCUAGCCAACGGAUGCAUCUGUUGUUCCGUCAAAGAUGUUGGCGUUGCCGCUAUCGAAAACCUAAUGGAACACCAAGGAAAUUUCGAUUACAUCUUACUAGAAACCACCGGUCUCGCGGAUCCUGGAAACAUUGCACCUCUGUUCUGGCUCGACGACGGUCUCGGUAGCAGCAUUUUUCUCGACGGCAUUGUUACGCUCGUCGAUGCAAAAAACCUGCUCAAAAGUCUGGACGAGGGCUACGGCGAUGAAGCAGAGAAGCUGGAAGAAAGGAAACGGGAGUCCGAGAAGGACGACCAUGGACAUGACCAUAAGGGCCCGCUGCUGACGACCGCACAUUUGCAGAUCAGCCAUGCCGAUGUCGUACUCGUUAACAAGACGGACCUCGUCUCAGAAGAUGAGUUGAAGACGGUGGUGGAGCGGGUGCGUUCAAUCAACGGCCUGGCGAGAAUCAAGACCACGAACAAGAGUCAGGUACCGCAGUUGGAAGGUGUGGUGCUAGAUCUUCACGCGUACGACCAAGUUACAGAUGCGGAUUUGAAGUUCGCGAGUAAAGGACACAGUCAUCUCGAUCCUACCAUAACAACAUCCACUAUCGCUUUCCCAGCCAUCUCAAAACACCAACUAGAUGCUUUCGAUAGGUUCCUCCGCACUAUCCUCUGGGAAGACGAACUCCCAGACAGUAAACCCCACGAACGAUUCGAGAUUCAUAGACUGAAGGGCCGUGUGCCUGUUGUGAAUGGAAACAUUGUCUUGGUGCAGGGCGUGAGGAACGUAUACGACACGACUGAAGCAAAACGAGAAAAUCCAGACUCGAAUGCAGAUGCGGAAGGCAAGUUAGUGCUGAUUGGGCGUGGGGUAGAUCAGCCAGCGUUUAGGGAGAGUUUGCUUGAGGUUCUAGGAAGUUCGUGA